AUGACUCGGAUCUUCCUAACUGGCGCAUCAGGCUACAUCGGCGGGGAUGUCCUGUACGCCCUGCACGAAAAGCACCCUGACUACGAAAUUGCGGUCCUUGUUCGAGAUGCCGACAAGGGCGCGAAGAUCGCCCAGGCUUACCCUAAAGUCCGUGUCGUGCAGGGAGAGCUCGACUCGGCUGCAGUUGAAGAAGAGGCGCAGAUUGCAGAUGUGGUAGUUAAUGCGGCCAGCGCGCAGAACAAUAAAGGCGCGGAGGCCGUCUUCCGAGGAUUGGCUAGUCCGAAGCGUACGAAGCCUGGCUACUGGAUCCAAGUAUCCGGUGCUACUCUCCUCUCCGCACCUGAGAUCGAAAAGGGUGUUUACGGAGAGCCCUCCGACAAAGUCUACAGCGACAUCGACGAUGAGCAAGAAAUCAAGGCUCUGAUCCACAAGUACGCAGCCAAGCGUCUCAUCGACCAUUUCAUCCUCAAUCUGCCCGAAACCCCACAGUCACCAAAGACCGCCGUCGUCUAUCCUCCCAUCAUCUACGGUCACGGCAGGGGACCCAUCAAACAGCGCAGUGUGCAGAUCCCGGAACUCGCGCGUAUUACCCUCCAGAACAAAACCGGAUACCAAGUUGGACGGGGUUUUAGUACGUGGAGCAAUAUACACGUCACUGAUAUCAGUCAGAUAUUCGUCACGUUAGUCGAGAAGGCUGUUUCCGGGGAGGAGGGUCCCUUCUGGAAUGAGAAUGGAAUUUACUUUGCGGAGAAUGGAGCCAUUAACUUUGGAGAGAUUGGCCGUCUGGUGGCUGAAGAGGCUGCUAAGCUAGGACUGAGCUCGGCGUCGGUGAAGGAGAUCAGUGACUCCGAGGCGAAUGCCCUGUCUGGCCAUGGUGGUGUUCUUUGGGGAACCAAUGCACAGGAGCGUGCUCAGCGCGCUCGCAGGGUGCUGGGAUGGAUUCCUACUGGGAAGUCCUUGCAGGAUGAGAUUGCUGAUGCAGUUCGUGUUGAGGCGGUUAGUCUCGGUCUUUUGUCUGCGUAG